GGGGUUGUGGUUCCACUGCAGCGGGGGCUCCUGUGUCCUUGUGCGGAAAUGACACACGGAGUCCCGUCACGUCACGCGAGAGCGCAGCGCACGGACACACACAAAGAGAGGGGAAAAUACACGGCGCCCGCCCGCCGCCCCCAGCAACUCCCCGGGCCGCCCCGGCCAGGCCCUCCGCGCGAGGCCCCCACUCCUCAGCCCUGCGCUCCCCCGCACCCCACGUGGCGCCCAAACUCGGCGCGGGCCCGCUCAGCAAAGUACAGAACUCGUGUCCCAGUGGAAUAGAAGAUGAACUCAACUGAAUUCAGUGAAGAUGUAGAAGAAGUUGUGAAAAAUAACACUGUGAAGGUGGAGACGGAAACUGAAGAUGCUGCACUGGACUGCUCAGUGAAUUCCAGGUCUUCAGAGAAACACCCUCUGGAGAGCGUCUUCAUCACCCUGCAGGACUCCAGCAAGCGAAAGCAGCUGAGUAGCAGCGAGGGCCAGCCGGACUCUGCCCCCAGCGUGAAGAGGCGGCGGCUGAUUCCUGAGGCACUCCUCGCAGGUAUGAGGAACCGGGAGAACAGCUCGCCCUGCCAGGGCAAUGGGGAGCAGGCCAGCAGGGGCAAGAACUUGGUCAGUGUGUGGCCCGGCGAGGAGGAGCCCUGCAAUGACGUGGCCACCCCGUCCUACAAGAAGCCUCUGUAUGGCAUCUCGCACAAGAUCAUGGAGAAGAAGAACCCUCCUGCAGGGGAUUUGCUCAGCACCUACGAGCUCUUGGAGAAGGCGAACCCCAGCAACAGCCCCUCACCGCUUCGGCUCCUGAACGAGCCACAGAAACGGGAGUGUGGCAGUGCGGCCACAGCCACCGACGGUGACCCUAACAUCUACUUUCUGAUCCAGAAGAUGUUCUACAUGCUCAACACACUCUCCUCAAACAUGUCCCAGCUGCACAGCAAGGUGGACCUGCUGUCCCUGGAAGUGAGCCGUAUCAAGAAGCAGGUGAGCCCCACCGAGAUGGUGGCCAAGUUCCAGCCGCCCCCCGAGUACCAGCUCACAGCCGCCGAGCUCAAGCAGAUCGUAGACCAGAGCCUGUCGGGUGGGGACCUGGCCUGCCGCCUGCUGGUGCAGCUCUUCCCCGAGCUCUUCAGUGACGUGGACUUUUCCCGUGGCUGCAGUGCCUGUGGCUUUGCGGCCAAGCGGAAGCUGGAGUCGCUGCAUCUGCAGCUCAUCCGCAACUACGUGGAGGUCUACUACCCCUCGGUGAAGGACACAGCUGUGUGGCAGGCGGAGUGCCUGCCGCAGCUGAAUGACUUCUUCAGCCGCUUCUGGGCCCAGCGGGAAAUGGAGGACAGCCAGCCCGGGGGCCAAGUGGCCAGCUUCUUUGAGACGGAGCAGGUAGACCCUGGCCACUUCUUGGACAACAAAGACCAGGAGGAGGCCCUGUCCCUCGACCGGAGCAGCACCAUCGCCUCGGACCACGUGGUCGACACUCAGGACCUCACCGAGUUCCUGGACGAAGCCUCCUCACCCGGCGAGUUUGCCGUCUUCCUUCUGCACCGGCUCUUCCCGGAGCUCUUUGACCACCGGAAGCUGGGCGAGCAGUACAGCUGCUACGGGGAUGGUGGCAAGCAGGAGCUGGACCCGCAGCGGCUGCAGAUCAUCCGCAACUACACAGAGAUCUACUUCCCCGACAUGCAGGAGGAGGAGGCCUGGCUGCAGCAGUGCGCCCAGCGCAUCAACGAUGAGCUCGAGGGCCUGGGGCCGGAUGGGGGCAGCGAAGGUGAGCCCCCGCGGGAUGACUGCUAUGACUCCUCCAGCCUGCCCGACGACAUCUCCGUGGUCAAGGUGGAGGACAGUUUCGAGGGUGAGCGGCCGGGCCGGCGGUCCAAGAAGAUCUGGCUGGUGCCCAUCGACUUUGACAAGCUGGAGAUCCCGCAGCCUGACUUCGAGGUACCAGGCGCUGACUGCCUGCUCAGCAAGGAGCAGCUUCGCAGCAUCUACGAGAGCAGCCUGUCCAUAGGCAACUUCGCCUCGCGCCUGCUGGUGCAUCUCUUCCCCGAGCUUUUCACCCAUGAGAACCUGCGGAAGCAGUACAACUGCAGUGGCUCCCUGGGCAAGAAGCAGCUGGACCCGUCCCGCAUCAAGCUCAUUCGCCACUACGUGCAGCUGCUGUACCCCCGGGCCAAGAAUGACCGUGUCUGGACGCUGGAGUUUGUGGGCAAAUUGGACGAGCGCUGCCGGCGCCGCGACACGGAGCAGAGGCGCUCCUACCAGCAGCAGCGCAAGGUCCACGUGCCAGGCCCCGAGUGCAGAGACCUGGCAAACUAUGCAAUCAACCCCGAGCGGUUCCGAGAGGAGUUUGAGGGGCCCCCGCUGCCCCCCGAAAGAAGCAGCAAGGACUUCUGCAAGAUCCCUCUGGAUGAGCUGGUGGUUCCCUCGCCCGAUUUCCCGGUGCCUUCGCCGUACCUGCUGUCAGACAAGGAGGUGCGCGAGAUCGUGCAGCAGAGCCUCUCGGUGGGCAACUUCGCCGCCCGCCUCCUCGUCAGGCUCUUUCCCGAACUCUUCACGGCGGAGAAUCUCCGGCUGCAGUACAACCACUCCGGGGCCUGCAACAAGAAGCAGCUGGACCCCACGCGGCUCAGGCUCAUCCGCCACUAUGUGGAGGCAGUCUAUCCCGUAGAGAAGAUGGAGGAGGUGUGGCACUAUGAAUGUAUCCCCAGCAUCGAUGAACGGUGCCGCCGCCCCAACAGGAAAAAAUGUGACAUCCUGAAGAAAGCCAAGAAAGUGGAGAAGUGACAGGCAGCCUGGGGCCUGAGCCUUUCGGCGCGUGUGUACGGUACCCACAGACAUGCACCUUAGUGGGGAGUGGCAUACUACUUUUGCACACAUAAACACCCACCCAACCACAAGCAGGAAGCCUUGCCUUUGGUCUCUCCUACUUCCGACUUUUGUCCUGAGUUCCCGGUGGUGCAGAUGGUUUGGGGAGGGCUGAGAUGUGAGGGCAGAGAAGCCUCAGGAGAGGGGGUUCUCUCUCCUGGUCUGUGUUCCUUCCUUCCCCUCAAUUUGAAAUGCAAAUGCAGUAGCUCUCUUGUUCCUCUUCCCACAUUUUACAUCUAACAUUUUUAUCAAUUUUUUCUAAUUAAAAAGAAACCCUUUUUAAGAAAGAUCAUUGGGCUCUUUGGGGGCCAUUUUGCUUAGAAAAAAAUCUUUUACGUAUUUGAGGUGAAGUACUGUAAAAUGACUUCAGUUGCUGGGAUUCCUUUUUAAGAUGGUUUCAGAUGUAUGAAAUGUUUAGAAGUGCCAUGUUCAUGCAUGAUAGCUAAUAAUAGCUUCAGGUAGCAUAGACUGAUUUUACUGACCUUGUCUUUUACAUCUGAUUUUGAAAGAGUCAAGAUGUCCCUUGGAUGGCAGUGGAGGGGAUGGCAUAGUGUGACGCUGUGACCAUGGUCGCAUUCUCCCUUCUCCUGUAGCGCCGAGGGAAGGGGCUUCCUCACAGCCUGGCCUGUGCGUCGUUGCCUCGUGCUCGGCAGAAUGUGGUGCUCUCUCUCUGUAGACAAGAACACUGGAUGAUGAUGGUGAUACGAUGAUGAUGAUGAUGAUGAUAUGAAUGUAGAUAGACGUGGAAACACGUUUGCAAUGUCGUUUGAGCUGUGUCCUUCCACUGCCCCUUCCCUCUCCACACGAGGAUGCUGGUUGGAGGGGCAGACAGACACGUUUCCCUGGUCAACAGCGUGUGUGGAUAACUGGUUCCAUGUUCGAUUGAAGGAUGGGUCCCUGUGUGCUCACCAAGAACUGUUUACUUUCUGUGUGUGUAUGUGUACCAAACCCAGGUCUGAGAGCUGUGUGGUGACUUCACCACCCCUCAGGGGUAGUCGCUCCAGUCCGUGUUCCUCAGGGCCGGCUCACACCCUCAGGCCCACUUGAGGGUACCUGGUAUUGGAAGGACACAGGUCAUCUCAAAUGUGGCGCCCAUGUACCUUCCCAGGGUCCAGUCAGAGCUUUCCCCUCAGGCUCCCUAGAAGUACAUUCAGUUUGUCAUGAAUGCGCUGUGUUCUAACCCCUAGAAGGUCCUGCUGUCCUGCAUCUGGCUGGUCCCUUGGCUUCAGGGUGACAUAUCUCUUCUCUCCCCACUGGCUGGGAAAGUCAAACUGCUUCAGGCCAGUGGUUCCAUAUUCUCCAGGAGUUCCAACCAGGAAAUUUCCUAACAGUUGAAGUCCUUAAAAACUUCACCUACCUGACUUUCACCUACCGACUUUGGGGGCCAAAUGCCUAAGAGGGAAAGGAAAGGAAUUCAAACUGAAUGCAUUAUACCAGAAACCUGGAAAAUGAAUGAAUCACACAGGAUAGUCAUAAAACCCUCGUGGCUUAGUAUUUUGCUACCUUAAAAAUGCAGAAAUAAUAGAAACAAUCUGUGAAUUAUCUUUAUACAGCUGAUAAGGACUUCAGUUCUGGUGGCUGUAUGACAUAAUUUUGCCUGCACCUAUCUAGCAGGCUUUAUUUGUAUAUAUACAUAUAUACAUGUAUACUUAUAUAUGUAUAUAUGCAUAUAUAUAUAUGUACAUAUAUAUAUAUAUGACAGGAUUUUGAGCAAUGUAAACUUGGUGGUCUAACUUUAGUAAAUUUGCUUUUAAAUGUCAUUUACAGAUUAUUUCUGUUGAAACUGCAGACCUAAAUUAUUGAAAUCUAGAAAUGCACAGGGACGUAAUGACUCUCUCACCCACCCACACACGCACACACAUUUCUUAUUAAAAAACUGGAGUGAGAUGAAGGGGACCUAUGUGACUCAGUUCAACCUCUUUGUGCCUGGAAAGAAGGGACUGGAACAGCCAGGAGCUCACUUUUCUGCCCCCUACCUGGGUCUUUCUCUAUGCCUUAGUCUGUCUAACACACAAAUGCGCACACACACGUGCACACACAUGCACACACACGCCCUACCCAAAGAUGGCAGUGGUACUCGCCUGCUGGCCCUGCUGGCUAGAGGGUGCCGUGGAAUUUGUUCUGGUCUCUAGGAUGAAUCCAAGAGGAUUCCAAGCCAUGUGAAAAUUGCCCUGCUUUCUAGACGGUGGAAUGUGACCCUGCAACUUUAGAAGCACAAUCAUUUAUUAAUAAUUUUUUAAAAUCCUAUUUACCCACAUUAAAGAAAUCAUCAGGUUCUGGGUUCUAGGAGUGAAAUAUGUCUCUAUAACCCUGAGCAUGUUCAAUUUUUGGAAACCUUAUUUUGGUGGUUUCCUUAAUACUUUUCUUGUGUAGGGCUUCUUCUCCCCACAUUUUAGAGUCUCUUUCAGUGGAGAGGGGUGGACACACUCUGGGAGCUGUUUGCUGUGCCUCCGGAUUGGCUCCUCAGGAAACGCCUGCAGGUCCCGUGUCUGUCUGUCUGUACGGUGUCCUCAGUUCUCCAGCCAUACAGGGGGGCUCCAGGGGCAGUUUUGUACAUGAAGCAAUAGAAGUACAAAAUACUUAUUUUUUUCCAAAAUUCAGUCAUAUCCAUCAAAUUUCCAUAAAAUCUGUUGGCAAAUCUCUUCCCCCUCCCCAUCUAAAUUCUUUGGUUUUCACUUGUUUUGUUUGUUUUUAUCUUUUUUGGCCUUGUAUCUGGAGGACUAAAGACUAGCACAGACACAUUCUGAUGUUAAGUAAAAUAGCAGGUCACAAUAGGUGGUAGUGUCCCUCAUUUUCUGUGUUAGUAAGUUUUAAAAGAAUGUAUAAGAUAGUCAUGAAUGUACUGUGUUCUAAUCCUGCUUCAGUUCACUUUGGCUGUGUCUACGUGACAGACAUUUGACAGGGAAUAAAGUCAUGUCUAGUGUCAUGGGCGUUAGUGUGCCCCUGCCCAUUCAGUCUUGACCCUGGACCUUUUAAGUUGGGGGGGUGGGGUACCAUGUCAGCAGCAAUCAUCAACCGACCAAUGGGAUCUACUAGUGGUGAAUGGAUUAGCUCUUUAAAGGGUAAGAGUUACUGGCCUGACCACACCACAGCAAGGCCACUGGGGUUCCCGUAGAGAUGGCCUCAGUUGCCACCUUUCCUCCCAAAUAUUUGCUUCUUGCCUGAUUUGGGGGGGUGGUCUCAAGACCCCUGAUUGGAGGUCAUUGAGCUCUCACCCUGCCUGUUUAGGUAGACCAUAUAAAUCUAGGUUAGGGGCCAAGCGGCUGUUACUGCCGUUUGGAAAUACUUGCCUCACGUAGAUCCAGCCUUAAUGUUUUUCUGACAUCCUAGUGAUAGCAGACCCUGCACAAAGUGGAUAUCAGAGUUCAUACUGUGAGAAGACAAAAUAAUGAGAAUAGUUUUACCAAAGAUAAUGAACUAUCACAUAAUGUCUGCAUUUUACCAUUGAUUUGAGUGCAUCCUUAGAAAACUGAAUGUAACAAAAACCCAGGACAUUUUCGGAAAUUGUAUGCUCUAUAGCAAGUUUGUGUGAAUUUUUAUAC